AUGUCCGUGAUAGGUAAUAAUUUUAUUAAAGAAUAUAGGCUAAGCAAAGAGGCUUUCGAGUAUUUGUGUGGACUCCUAAGAGCUCACACAGAUUUGAAAUCAUCACAAAGAGUAUCUCUUGAAACAAAGGUUUUAUGUGCAUUAUUAUUUUAUGCACAUGGCAGCUAUCAGCGAAUUACUGGCAAAGCUCAUCAUUUUUCCCAGGAGGCAAUGAGUGUCUUUAUUCAUCAAGUAACACAAGCUUUAAACCAUCCAAUAAUUUUAAAAAAAUUCAUAAAAUUUCCAACGAGAAGAGAAGAAAGGGAUACCAUUAAACAAAGUUUCUACAAUAAAUAUGGCUUCCCAGGAGUAAUAGGGUGUAUUGACGGAAGUCACUUUAAAAUAUUUACACCCAACAAAGAAGAGGAGCACUUAUAUUUCUGUAGGAAACAUUAUCAUUCUCUUAAUGUGCAAAUGAUAUGUGACCACAAUUGUAACAUCCUCUCUGUAAAUGCAAAGUUUGGAGGUGCAACACACGAUGCAUUUAUAUGGGAGAAUAGCAAUAUCAAUGAUUACAUACAAUCAUUGCACAGGCAGAAUGAGAUUGUGUGGCUGCUUGGCGAUUCCGGUUACCCUCAACGGCCAUGGUUGAUGACACCCUAUUUAGACCCGCCUCCAAAUUCGAUGAAGGAAGUCUACAAUGUAGCUCACAUAUCCACAAGAGUUGUCAUCGAGAAUACUUUUGGGCGUUUGAAAAACCGAUGGCGCUGUCUACAUAGGGAUAGGACUUUACACUAUCAACCAGAAAAAUGUGCACAAAUUAUUUUAGCAUGUUGUGUGUUACACAACAUUGCACUGAAAUACAAUAUUCCGGAUCCUGAGGAUAAUAUUGGUGUAGGAACACAAGGUAUUUUUAGUAAAAUAAACUAUGGAUACAGAUGAGUAUUUAAAGUUAAUUAAAAAUGU